AAUAAUUAUACAAUUUUUGAAAGCAUUCAAAUUUAUUUUAAAUGUUUAGGCCUAAAAAUAUUUUUAAAUUUUCAGAAAUGGUUUUACCUUCAUUUUCAUGAAACAGAAAGGAAUUUAAUAUUAUUAGGCCAAUACAUUUUGAAAGUUAGUUCUCUUUUUAUAAAAAUCUGGAAUAUUAUUUUGAGACUUUAGACAACAUAAUAAUCAUUAAAAUGGCGUCAAGCAGUAGAACGUGAGUUCAGUAGAUUGUAAUCUUCUCUGUGUCAAAAAAUAAUGCUUGCCACACAUUUAAGAGCUACUCUUGUUAUUUACAUCUUCCUGAACCUACACAUAAUGGUCCCUAUUUUUUUAUUAAUAGCGGACCUAUAAUAAGUUAGGCUGCGGAGUUUUUUAAUUUUUUUUUGCGCAGUGUCAGGUCAGUGUGAGUUGUUUGAUACCGGUAUUAAAAAUUAAAGUAAAUAAAGUUGGGAAGCGUUAUCUACACAGCUCUGUGAAUAACGCCGAGCGUUAUCGGCAGACCGAAAUCUUCGAAUAAUGCAGAGCGUUAUUGUUAGACAGAAAUUUUCCCAUAAUGACGCAAAUUUCUAGAAAUAAUUACGAUCACAUAUUCAUCACAUUCCAAGCCUGGGUGGGGGCGGGUGUAGUUUUAAAUAGUGUAGGAUCGAUCGAUCUUUAAUGAGUAUGGCAAAAACACAUUUCAAAACCGAAGCUACCGGUAUGCACAAGUUAAAUUUAAAAAAAUUUAAUAGGCCUGACAGACUAUAGCCUAUAUAUUGGAUAUAGGACAAUUAAUUGUGCCUACAUCUGCUCUGUUAGGGGCCAACAUAGGAUAGGGUCUAUUCGACCUAUAGAGUGUUACUAAUAGAUCCAGUCAAACCUCCUACUCCUAGACAUAGCUUAUUUUCUGGUAUUUCAUAUUAAAUGUUAUACCAGGAAUAAAAAUAGUGCCGGUAUUCUUCAUGUAGACUCACUUUCACCCAUUUUAGAGAUGUCUUUAAAUGAUGUCAAAGCUGGAUAGGAUAUCGUUUAGUUUUUUUUAAAGCACUAUGAUAUAUCACGUAGUCCAGAAAUUUUAUGUCAGAAAUAGUUAUGCCGUGCAACAGUGUUAUGAUGCAGAGAGGUGGCUGCAUCAGGCGGCCAUGUGAGAGACGGGGAGGGGCAUAUAGGCCCUACAACGAUAAUAACAGAAUCUAAUCCUGUUUAAGUUUAAGGCUAGUAUUUUUUCCUCAUCCUUGAGGGUGUCCCUAAGUCUACCCAGCUCUGGCCUUAGCUGGGAAAACUAAAGGUGGCUGGUUAUUGUGCUGGCCAUACACUCAAACUUGUAAACGCUGCUUCAAUUGCCCCAAGGGAACUUUACUUCCCAAAGACUCGCAAUGCAUCCUACGACCAGCAGGGUUCCAAUUAAUUUUUGUAUGCUUUUUUUUGUAUUUAGACCCAUAGUUACAACAGUGGCAGUAUGGCUUUUUGUUUCAAUUAUCAACAUUUUUUUUACAAGAGCUAAAAUUGUUGAUGUCAAUGAUAUUGAUAUGUUUUAAGUACGGUACCGGUAUGUUCAUUUCAUUGUCAUCACUAAAUGUUAUUUCAACUAUUUCUGGAGCGGCAUAUUGUGUCCCUACUUAUUAUGAUACUUAUUAGAAAAUAAAAUGAAACAAAUAAAACGUGACAUAUUUUUUCAGCUAAAAAUUUAUACACAACUCUGAGAUAUAAAAUAUUUGAAUAAGUAAGUUAUUAAUAUUUCAAAGUGGUUAUAAUAAUAUUUAUUUGUUUAUUAGAGAAAAAUAUCUGUACAGUUAAAACAGCUGUAUCUGACUUAAACAUGGUUUAUGCGGCUCAUCUGCAUGUCCAUGUUGUUACAGUUUUUUUGACGAAACUUGAAUAAACAUACUAACAAAAUAGAUUGAAACUAGAAUUUUGAAUACUUACGUUGUUGGACAGAAUGAAAAGUAUAAUAAAAUUGUAUAAAUAAAAAGUGUAACAUUAGUAACCAAAACUUAUGAAAAUAAUAAUAGUAAAACUAUGUGAACAGAAUAAGAAAGCUAUAUGAAGAAUAUAAUUAUAAUAUAACAAUACGAAAUAACCAACCAUUAAAUAUAUAUUAUUUAAAAAAUUUAUUUAUAAUAAAUUUAAUUAUAAAAGUAGCUUCCCCGACGGAGAAGCGAACCCUGGUCAUGCGGGUGACAGGCGGAGAUACUGACCACAACACUACCAAGAAGAUGUUUAUAUGUGAACUUUAUAUUUUAUAUUCAUAAUUUAAUUUAUCACAUUCUGCGAAUAAUGUCGAGCGUUAUCGGCAGACCGAAAUCUGCGAAUAACGGCGAGCGUUAUCCGCACAGCUCUGUGAAUAAUCACUUCGUUAAAAGCUUUACAGCUGUUCAAUACCUUUGUUUGAUGAGUAGUAGGCUAGUCAGUAUUGUAGUAGUAUGUUGAGUAGAGUAAGGCUAGGAGGGGCAGGGGUGGUAGGCUUGAAUUUGAGUAGGCCUUGCCAAUAUACAUCUAAAAGAUAAUAUAUAGAUAGACAACAUCACCCCAGCAGGUGUUUGCGUAAAAGAGAAGUCUUCAAAUCAGUUUUGAAAGACUCCAGUGUCUGGCUGUUUCUGAUAGCGUUAGGAAGAGUAUUCCAAAUUGUUGGGUCAGCAAAUGCGAAAGUGCGCCCCUUGUAAGUCUCAAGGCGAACAGGUGGUAUCGAGAGUUUGCCACUAUCAGAUGAGCGGAGUUGUCCAGUGGGUACAUAAGGCGUAAGAAGCGCUUUGAGAUAGGAUGGUGCCAGGUCAUGUAAGCAGCGGUAGCACAGAGUUGCAAUUUUGUACUCUAUGCGAGCGCGGACUGGCAGCCAAUCCAACUCUCUCAGAAGUGUUUUAGCAUGGUUGAAUUUGCGCUUUCGAAGAACAAUGCGAGCCGCAUUAUUCUGUGCUUUUUGAAUUUUAUCCAGGAGCGUAGCUGGACGAUGUGAUUUUCCAUAGUUAGUGUUCUGUUUAAGUAGACACCCAGGUUUCGCACUGUUUGAGCAAACUCUAUCUGUAUACCUGAGAGAGUAAGGGUUUGUGUGUUAGUUAUAUAUUUUAGCUUUUGAGCGGUAGCAAAUGGGGAUCAGCUCUGUCUUUUCAUCGUUCAAUUUAAGCUUGUUUAUAGUCAUCCAGUGCUUAACUGACUCCACUGUCUUCUGUGUCAAACAGUGCAUUCAGUGGUCACUUUACACAAACCCAGAGCUGGCCCCUGCAGCUGGCACAAAACCGAAAGGUGGCAAGGGGCCUCCAAAGUUCAUGCAACACCUCUGCACAAAUUUAACCAUAAAUCGACAUGAAAAUGUGUUGACAACAGGGUGGUCACAGCCUACUCCAUGACUGUUUAAGAUUACUGUCAUUACAGUGCCCAUAAAUGUUUGUUUUUUUCGUCAAUAUUUACAUGAAUUGUGAUUGUGAUGAAAAUGAAAAAAGCUGCAAACAUAAUUUUAAAUCAGUGAAAGGUUGGGAAUAUAUCUUGGUGCACCUUCUUUGGAUUAUCUGAUGCUUUACAAUACUUAUAGACAAUUCCAAUAAUGUGUACUCAAAAUAGGCCACUUAAGAGACCUACUUUUGCUACUUAAGACUUAAGGCACUAAAAAGCCUACUGAAUACUAAUGGUUUAUAUUUGUCAUUAAUUCUAUUAAUACAUAGACUUAUAUUGUAGGGCCUAGUAUAUGAAAUAUAAAUAUAAUGGAAAAAUUAAAAGAGCUGGCUUAUGACCUUAAUAAAUUUUUUAUGUGCCAAAUGAUCUCUCAUUUAUUCAUAGAUAAAAUCAGUGAUGAUGAACUUAUCCUCUUAAUCAACCAAUAGGUGUACCAAUACCAAAAAUGUAUAAAAGUAUCCCUGGCUAAACACUUAAAUUUUUAAUUGAUUGUAAUAUUCAUCAAGCAAAGAAAUGUUUUAUCCUUGUUAUUAUUAUUAUUAUCUAUAAUAAAAGUGAUUGGAUUCGUUGGCUAAACGAAAUUGCUAUAAUUCUGUCAAAAGGCUCUCAGCACAAGUAUUUUGCAGAGAUCAUCCGGAUAUACCUUUGGUAGAAGAUUACCAUGCGGGAGACAUGAUUUGUUCAGUUUGUGGUUUGGUAGUUGGAGACAGGUAAGGAUUUGUUGAGAUCCUAUUAUCAUUUAAUGUCCCUAGUUUUUUUUUGUACCCAUAACACUUAUAUCAACAAGUGCAGUUUUCGAUUUCAAAUGAAAUUUACAUCUCAAUCUUAAAAAAAAAUUUUACUGAAAGAAGGAUGUAUGACUCUAUUAAUUUUUUUCAGAGUAAUUGACGUAGGCUCAGAAUGGCGAACAUUUAGCAAUGAAAAAAGUACAAAAGAUAACUCUCGUGUUGGUGCAGCUGAGGUAAGUGCUGAGAAGUUAGUUAGACCAUUUGUCUACACAGAUUGGAAAUAUGUAGAUCUUUCUCAUUGUCAUCUCUGUGGAAAUAUGUAGAUCUUUCUCACUGUCAUCUCUGUGGAAAUAUGUAGAUCUUUCUCACUGUCAUCUCUGUGGAAAUAUGUAGAUCUUUCUCAUUGUUAUCUCUGUGGAAAUAUGUAGAUCUUUCUCAUUGUUAUCUCUGUGGAAAUAUGUAGAUCUUUCUCAUUGUCAUCUCUGUGGAAAUAUGUAGAUCUUUCUCACUGUCAUCUCUGUGGAAGUAUGUAGAUCUUUCUCACUGUCAUCUCUGUGGAAAUAUGUAGAUCUUUCUCAUUGUCAUCUCUGUGGAAAUAUGUAGAUCUUUCUCAUUGUCAUCUCUGUGGAAAUAUGUAGAUCUUUCUCAUUGUUAUCUCUGUGGAAAUAUGUAGAUCUUUCUCACUGUCAUCUCUGUGGAAAUAUGUAGAUCUUUCUCAUUGUUAUCUCUGUGGAAAUAUGUAGAUCUUUCUCAUUGUCAUCUCUGUGGAAAUAUGUAGAUCUUUCUCAUUGUCAUCUCUGUGGAAAUAUGUAGAUCUUUCUCACUUUCAUCUCUGUGGAAAUAUGUAGAUCUUUCUCAUUGUCAUCUCUGUGGAAAUAUGUAGAUCUUUCUCAUUGUUACCUCUGUGGAAAUAUGUAGAUCUUUCUCAUUGUCAUCUCUGUGGAAAUAUGUAGAUCUUUCUCACUGUCAUCUCUGUGGAAUUAUGUAGAUCUUUCUCAUUGUCAUCUCUGUGGAAAUAUGUAGAUCUUUCUCAUUGUCAUCUCUGUGGAAAUAUGUAGAUCUUUCUCAUUGUUAUCUCUGUGGAAAUAUGUAGAUCUUUCGCAUUGUUAUCUCUGUGGAAAUAUGUAGAUCUUUCUCAUUGUCAUCUCUGUGGAAAUAUGUAGAUCUUUCUCAUUGUUAUCUCUGUGGAAAUAUGUAGAUCUUUCUCAUUGUUAUCUCUGUGGAAAUAUGUAGAUCUGUCUCAUUGUCAUCUCUGUGGAAAUAUGUAGAUCUGUCUCUGUGAGACUUUUUGAAUUUCUAAGCAAAUUCUACAUAUAAUUUUUUUCCUCCCCAGAAUCCCUUAUUUGAUGGUAGUGACAUGUCAACAAUGAUUGCCACUGGGACAGCAAGUGACAAUUUAAGAGAUGAAUUCGGAAAGCCUAUGUACAGAAACAGGAGGACGGUGAGUGUUGCUUUUUUGUUUAGAGUUAACACUUAUAUAAAUAAACAGCUGAACAUGUUUACCCCUACCAAGAUAAAUAAACAGCUCAACAUGUUUACCCCUACCAAGAUAAAUAAACAGCUGAACAUGUUUACCCCUACCAAGAUAAAUAAACAGCUGAACAUGUUUACCCCUACCAAGAUAAAUAAACAGCUGAAGAUGAUUACCCCUACCAAGAUAAAUAAACAGCUGAAGAUGAUUACCCCUACCAAGAUAAAUAAACAGUUGAACAUGUUUACCCCUACCAAGAUAAAUAAACAGCUCAACAUGUUUACCCCUACCAAGAUAAAUAAACAGCUGAACAUGUUUACCCCUACCAAGAUAAAUAAACAGCUGAACAUGUUUACCCCUACCAAGAUAAAUAAACAGCUGAAGAUGAUUUAUUUAUUUAUUUAUUUAGGCAUUUUUAUAUAGCGCUUAUCAUAAAGCUCUAAGCGCUUUACAAUUAUUAAAACAUGUAAACUAAGUAAAUACAAAUGAGACACUAGGAUAGUAACUACUAUUCUAUAGAUUCUUUGAUUACCCAAAGCAAAAUAAAUUUUUAAAAAUUUCUCACAUGAAGAUAAUAUGGAGAUCAUAUAUUGUAUCUGACCAACAAAAUAAAGUAUCUCUUUAACCAAAUGAAUGAGUUUAUGAUCCAUAUGUGGGCUUGUCAACCAUUAUGUGGUAGCAUUUGAAGUUGCCUAUUCCUGCGUGAUUACAAAUUUAAAAUAUUUGAUAAUGGAACACCCAAAAAACCUGGAAAGAGUCUAGGCUGCCUUGCCACAGAAUCUCCUUUCAAUGUAUUGUUUUAGAGUAGAGACCCAUUCUUCUGUGGCCAAAUGGCCGUAGCAUGAGCCAGGUAUAUCUUGGUGGGUGGUCAACAUCAAUCUACCUGGGAGCACCCAUUGCAAGUUUUAUGCAGAGAUUUUCCCUAACGAGUCCCCUAUGACUGAAUGUUUAAACCCUGAAUAUAUUUUUAAUGAAAUUUUGUAUGCUUUAUUUUAUCUUUGCUGGUAUAUUGGUUAAACCCCCUACCUAGGAGACUGCUUUAUUUUUUAUUAAAUUUUGUAUGCUUUAUUUUAUCUUUGCUGGUAUAUUGGUUAAACCCCCUACCUAGGAGACUGCUUUAUUUUAUCUUUGCUGGUUAACCCCCCUACCUGCUUUAUUUUUUAAAUAAAUGUUGAUCACCCAGUGGCACUUACUAUAUCAGAAUAGCAACUUUAUAUUAAUCUACUCGGCCUAUAUCAUAAUAAAAACAUUAAGUUGAUUGGCUCUUGCUAUAUCAGCAAAGCCACACAACGGAUUAUUGUCUUGACUUGUUUUUCCUUUCAUAACAAUAUACAGAUAAUAUUUUUAUUAAAUCACCUAUUAUAUUGAUUUAUUUUGUCACACUGAAUAAUUUUUUUAAAAGUUAAUUUUAAUAUAAAUUUGCUACAGCCAUACUUAAUAUGUCUUGCUUAUACUUACAGAUGAAUAGUUCAGACAGAGCUUUGCUAACUGCAUUUAGGGAAAUCGGUCAAAUGGCAGACAGACUCAAUCUUCCUAAGAUGUUAGUGGUAAGUACUAGAGAUCAUCUAAGACGCUUCAUAGGUACUCAUUUCUCGGAUUUUGUUUAUCUUGGGAAAAUGGGAUUAAAUUAAUUGCCAACCCAAGGAGUUGAAAGGUUGGUUACUGGCUUCUGGUUGAUUCAUUCCCCCAUGAAUAGCCAAAGUCAUUGAUAAUAUGCUAAUUUUAUGCUUGUGAACCAAAAGAUGGAUAUGACUCCCUCUAGACCAAUUUUAACAAUUUAUUUGAGCUGUGCAUUUGUUACAGGUCACCAAUUCUAGAUUGGAAUCUCUCAUGAAAUAUUUAAUAGGAAAUAUAAAACACAGGGUUGAGGAAAUCCUGAUCAAAAAGUAAACAAAGAAUUCAUGUGUCAGCAAGAAGCCCUCGCCAGCAAACAAAACAGGGAAUAAACAGGGUUAGGGAAUAAAAUAGGGAAAUCUGAGGAGGUGUAUGGUAGGGAAUAAAAUAAAGAAAUCUGUAAAAAAAAAAAAUAUUUAAAAAAAGCGCAAACUGAAAUGGUAAGAAGAAAACAAGCGCUCGCCCAAGUAAUCAUGCAGGGCACGAGAGGAGGGAGAAGAAGAGGAAGACAGAGAAAAAGAUGGGAAGGUAACAUCAAAGAGUGGACAGAACUAAAACUAGACGAUGCUGUGCCAAGUGCAGAAAACAAGGGAAUGGAGAAGGAUAGUUUUUAUGUCAUCUGUGGCGCCCCAACGGUCCAAGGAUUAAGGGACAUGAUGAUGAUGGUGGGGAAUAAAAUACAGAAAUCUGAGUAGGUGUAUGGUAGCGAAUACAAUAAGGAAAUCUGAGUAGGCAUAUGGUUGGGAAUAAAAUAAGGAAAUUCGCUUUAGGGAAUAAAAUAAGAAAGGGGGUGGGGGAUGUUAGCAAGUGAAAUUGGUCUGAAUAUCAUGUCAUGCUCCAUACUUGAGUUCAAUACAAGUCUCCUGUUAUCUUUCAGGAUAGAGCCAACACAUUAUUCAAGCAGGUUCAUGAGGGGAAAGCCUUGAAAGGUCGCAGCAACGAUGCCAUAGUGUCAGCAUGUAUGUACAUCGCUUGUAGGCAGGAAGGUGUUCCCCGAACGUUAAAAGGUGAGCCUCUAGAACAGUGGUAGACAAAUCCCGGCUCGCAAGCCGCAUGCAGCUCUUAAGCGACCUGAGUGCGGGGCGGCCUGUCAGCCAAAAAUCGGUUUUGACUCCGAAAAACAUGGUUCUUGGCAGUUUCUUGAAAAGAAAUUUGGCUCUCAAAAUUUUUUUAAUGGUCCUGCUGCUGAUUUUUGGCUCUUUUGACUCACGAGUUUGCCGACCACUGCUUUAGAAUGAUGUAGUAUUUUAAAGAGAAGUAAAUGCAUCCAUUUAACUAGUAAUGUAUACAAUAUUUUCCAAGUGUGAUGAGUUUUGGGAAUCACAAUUUCAGCAAUGCUAUCAAAAUAAAUUGUCAUUUAUGUUUGACUAAGAUAUUGAUUUCUUUGUCAAAGUUUAAAAAGGACAUGAUGGUUAUGGUCAUAAGAGUGAUUAAAAUUGUUAACAAAUCUGAUUUUAAUUGUCCUGAGAUGUUAAUCUGUCAACUUAUUUUUUAACUUAGUAUCCGCAAAUGAAUUGUUUCUGUUUCACAUAACGGCAACUGCAAAAGUAGGUAGCAUAAUUAUCUGCGUUUAUUUAUAGAAAAUUAACCCCUAAAAAAAAUGUUUUUCAUAUAAAUCCUUUGUAUGCAUUUUUUGUUAAUUUAUUUGAUGAAAUGAGUGGCAUCAUAUUUCCUUCAUCUUCUCUUUGGGAGGAAAACUGAUUGGUGGGCUUGUGGGGUGGGGCCAAAAGUUGGAUAGAAUGUGUUGUCCUCUGUGAUAGAAUGUGUUGUCAUGUGAUAGAAUGUGUUGUCAUCUGUGAUAGAAUGUGUUGUCAUCUGUGAUAGAAUGUGUUGUCAUGUGAUAGAAUGUGUUGUCAUCUGUGAUAGAAUGUGUUGUCAUGUGAUAGACUGUGUUGUCAUCUGUGAUAGAAUGUGUUGUCAUGUGAUAGAAUGUGUUGUCAUCUGUGAUAGAAUGUGUUGUCAUGUGAUAGAAUGUGUUGUCAUCUGCAACAAGUCUACGUGCCAAGUUAAAUUUCAAAGGUUGAUGGGAAAUGAGACAAUUAACCGUCCAAAGAUUUUGCCCUAAACACAGAAAAGUGAAGCUAAUAUAAAGAAUUUAAAAAGUAUUAAAAAUUAUUACGCAUAGCCAUCCAUCCCUGUGGCGCCACAGCCCAUGUAGGGGUUUGGCCGCCUGGUUACAUCCUUCCACUCAGAACUAACUGAUGCUUUACUUUUCCAUGCUUGGAUUCCCAGCUGCUGUAGCUCCCUCUCCACAUCAUCCAUCCAUCUAAGCCUAGAUCUGCCUCUGAGCUGCUGUAGCUCCCUCUCCACAUCAUCCAUCCAUCUAAGCCUAGAUCUGCCUCUGAGCUGCUGUAGCUCCCUCUCCACAUCAUCCAUCCAUCUAAGCCUAGGUCUGCCUCUGAGCUGCUGUAGCAUCCCUCUCCACAUCAUCCAUCCAUCUAAGCCUACGUCUGCCUCUGAGCUGCUGUAGCUCCCUCUCCACAUCAUCCAUCCAUCUAAGCCUAGAUCUGCCUCUGAGCUGCUGUAGCAUCCCUCUCCACAUCAUCCAUCCAUCUAAGCCUAGAUCUGCCUCUGAGCUGCUGUAGCUCCCUCUCCACAUCAUCCAUCCAUCUAAGCCUAGAUCUGCCUCUGAGCUGCUGUAGCUCCCUCUCCACAUCAUCCAUCCAUCUAAGCCUAGGUCUGCCUCUGAGCUGCUGUAGCAUCCCUCUCCACAUCAUCCAUCCAUCUAAGCCUACGUCUGCCUCUGAGCUGCUGUAGCUCCCUCUCCACAUCAUCCAUCCAUCUAAGCCUAGAUCUGCCUCUGAGCUGCUGUAGCAUCCCUCUCCACAUCAUCCAUCCAUCUAAGCCUAGAUCUGCCUCUGAGCUGCUGUAGCUCCCUCUCCACAUCAUCCAUCCAUCUAAGCCUAGAUCUGCCUCUGAGCUGCUGUAGCUCCCUCUCCACAUCAUCCAUCCAUCUAAGCCUAGAUCUGCCUCUGAGCUGUUUGCCUCUAGGGUUUUGGUUGGUGGUGCAUAUCAUCUCCUGCCAAGUAGUUGAUUUGACAAAGUAGGUCGCCACGCUUUCCUGGGGAAACAACUUUUCAUCUCUGCUUAAAAAUGAGUCCCUGUUAGGAAUAGCUUAAGAGUACUACAUGUGGUUACAUGAAUAGCUUAAGAGUACUACAUGUAGUUACAGGAAUAGCUAAAGUACUACAUGUAGUUAUAGGAAUAGCUUAAGUACUACAUGUAGUUAUAGGAAUAGCUUAAGAGUACUACAUGUAGUUAUAGGAAUAACUUAAGUAAUACAUGUAGUUAUAGGAAUAGCUUAAUUACUACAUGUAGUUACAGGAAUAGCUUAAGUACUACAUGUAGUUACAGGAAUAGCUAAAGUACUACAUGUAGUUACAGGAAUAGCUUAAGAGUACUACAUGUAGUUACAGGAAUAGCUUAAUUACUACAUGUAGUUAUAGGAAUAGCUUAAGGGUACUACAUGUUGUUACAUUCCUUUAAGUUUAUAAACUUGACUUCGAGUGUGCGAUAAAAAAUAAAUUAUGUGAACUUAUUCUUCACUUAUUUUAAUCAUUGCAUCCGUAAAUGACUUCACAAUAUUUUCUAUGUUGUCCUCAACCCCCCACCCCCAUUUUGUCCCCUUUUCCCCAGUAGUCACAAAAUUUAUAUACAAUCGAAAAUUCAUGAAACCCGCCAGCCACUGAGGGUUCACAUCAGUAAUGGAUGGCCGCUGAUAAAAGAAUUUUUAUAUUUUUAUAUUCUGACCGCUUGAUUUAAUAUGUUUAUUAGUGUAAAUUAAUAAUGUUGCUAUUUGAUUGAAUCCAACCUGAAUCCAGUUCACAUUGCUUACUGUCACCAGCAGGACAUGUAAGUCACUGUCUGUUUAAUUCUAAUGGUUGUCUUGAAAUCUCAUUCAAAUCUUUAACCUUCCCCCCAGAGAUCUGUGCAGUGUCUAAAAUAAGCAAGAAAGAAAUAGGACGGGUGUUUAAACUAAUCCUUAAAAACUUGGAGACAAAUGUUGAUCUGAUCACUACAGGGGAUUUUAUGGUGAGUCAAAUGUUGAUCUGAUCACUACAGGGGAUUUUAUGGUGAGUUGUGAGUCAAAUGGUGAUCUGAUCACUACAGGGGAUUUUAUGGUGAGUUGUGAGUCAAAUGGUGAUCUGAUCACUACAGGGGAUUUUAUGGUGAGUUGUGAGUCAAAUGUUGAUCUGAUCACUACAGGGGAUUUUAUGGUGAGUUGUGAGUCAAAUGUUGAUCUGAUCACUACAGGGGAUUUUAUGGUGAGUUGUGAGUCAAAUGUUGAUCUGAUCACUACAGGGGAUUUUAUGGUGAGUCAAAUGGUGAUCUGAUCACUACAGGGGAUUUUAAGGUGAGUUGUGAGUCAAAUGGUGAUCUGAUCACUACAGGGGAUUUUAUGGUGAGUUGUGAGUCAAAUGGUGAUCUGAUCACGACAGGGGAUUUUAUGGUGAGUUGUGAGACAAAUGGUGAUCUGAUCACUACAGGGGAUUUUAUGGUGAGUUGUGAGUCAAAUGUUGAUCUGAUCACUACAGGGGAUUUUAUGGUGAGUGGUGAGUCAAAUGUUGAUCUGAUCACUACAGGGGAUUUUAUGGUGAGUUGUGAGUCAAAUGGUGAUCUGAUCACUACAGGGGAUUUUAUGGUGAGUUGUGAGUCAAAUGGUGAUCUGAUCACUACAGGGGAUUUUAUGGUGAGUUGUGAGUCAAAUGGUGAAACUUCUGCAAGGAUGGAAGAGGAAAAAGGAAUCAUAAUAUUUGGUAAAGUUUGUGAAAGACAAAAAAAAUGAGGUAUAAUACUAUAAUACAAACCUGGAAAAAGUAUUUUAAUACAUAAAACGGAAAAAGAUUUUCUUUGUUUUUUCUUUAAUGUGACAAGUCAUAAAUGAGAAGAAAAAAUUAAUAUUUUGUUAAGAAAAAAUUAAAAUUUCUUUACAAAAAAAAUGAAUAUUUAGUUUAGAAAAAAUAAGAUUAAUUGUACAGAUAAGUUAAAUUGGUUUUCUGAAACGUAUAAUAAUAUGCAUUCUUGCUCUUUUUUUUUUUUUACUUGAAUCCGAACUAGCAAAAUGUAAAUUAUAAUGAAGUUGAUUAAAUGUCAAUUUAUUAAAAUAAAUGAUUGGACAGACAGGAAAUAUUUAAAUAUUUUAUAGCUUGACACGUUUCUCUUGUUUUAUUUCUCCAGUCUCGCUUCUGUUCCAAUUUAAGUCUGCCGUCCUCAGUUCAGAAAGCGGCCACACAUAUUGCCCGUAAAGCUGUAGAAAUGGAUCUUGUACCAGGGUACGUCUCUUCUUCAAUUCCUUAAUAAACCAUUGAUAGUGAGAAAAAAACUAUGCAUGAUAAACUAACAACGGAAUCUAAGAUGCAUUUACCCAUUCUACAACUGAGCUUUAUCUAAGUAAAUCAGAUCAUUACCCAAUGACAUACAUAUGUGCUAGUAAAUCAAAACACUACCAAGCGACAUACAUAACUUAAUAAACUACAUCUAUUUAAUCUUUUAAAUUACUACUUAUAACGAAGCUGCCUCAUUGAAUCAAAUCACUAUGUACAUACCAUAAGUAGAUCAAAUCACUGUGUACAUACCAUAAGUAGAUCAAAUCACUAUGUACAUACCAUAAGUAGAUCAAAUCACUACCUGCAGUAUACAAAUUUUUUAGUUUUUAUGAUUUAAAAAGAAAAGUUCUCUCUUUCAACUUAUCUAAGGAAAGUUAAUUUGUGUGAUUUUUCAAAUCCUUUUGUGUUUAUGUAAUAUUACAGCCGAAGUCCCAUCUCAGUUGCCGCUGCAGCUAUUUACAUGGCCUCACAGGCGUCUGAUGACAAAAAAACAGCCAAGGGUAAGCGGCUAAAUUAAUUUCAUGGAUGUUAGUGUGGCGGCUUUUAUUACUACAGUAGUUGAAUGUAGUGCAGUGGCCAAAAUGACCUAUCAUUCUUAUACCAUUCACUACAGUAGUUGAAUUUAGUGCAGUGGCCAAAAUGACCUAUCAUUCUUAUACCAUUCACUACAGUAGUUGAAUGUAGUGCAGUAGCCAAAAUGACCUAUCACUCUUAUAGCAUUCACUACAGUAGUUGAAUGUAGUGCAGUGGCCAAAAUGACCUAUCACUCUUAUAGCAUUCACUACAGUAGUUGAAUGUAGUGCAGUGGCCAAAAUGACUUCUCACUCUUAUAACAUCUUUGAGAAGUUACCAGUGACCUAUUAUUCUUAUAGUGUUUUACAUCUACGGGUAAAUCAGAAUCUCAAGAUUUUAAAGUAAGCCCAGUGUCUGGAAAUAAUUUGAUUUGCUUCUUCCCCUUCGCUUUUGUUAUCCCAUUGAUAGGUUUACAUACCACGAUUUUCUACAAGUUCACUGGCUGUACAUGUAUCACACCUAACAAAUCUUAUCACCACCAAUCUUUCUUCAUAUCAUAGUGUUAACAAAUCAAGGAUCUCUAACAAAUGAAACUUGCUACUGCUCCUUACACAAAUCAAGGAUCUCUAACAAAUGAAACUUGCUACUGCUCCUUACACAAAUCAAGGAUCUCUAACAAAUGAAACUUGCUACUGCUCCUUACACAAACACUCCAAAUAGCAACCAACUAGCUUGAUGUGUGUGGUUUCAUAAGUUAUAGUCAAGAACUAAUUCAUUAUCAUCUAGAGUUGUCUGGCUAGCAAUAGAAUGGGGAAUGGCACACCACAUAUUGGCGACGCCCCCUCAUUUCAUUGUUUAACAUUGUUUAAUGUUCUCAGCCAUGGACAAUUUCAUUGUGAUGACAUUUCUAAAUAGAAUGUAAAAAAUCUAAAGCUUGUCUGUCCGUGUUAAGAUGUCCAUGCAAAAUGAAUGAUUUUCUUAAUCGUGCUGUAAAUUAUGAUUUGUUUCUCUUUCAGAAAUCGGUGACAUCGCUGGUGUCGCUGAAGUCACAAUCCGCCAGUCCUACAAGUCCAUGAUUCCCAAAGCAGAUGAACUCUUUCCAAAAGAUUUUAAAUUCACAACGCCUAUCGAGUGUCUGCCUAUCAACUAAUGAGUGAAGGGCUUUGGAAAUAGAAAUAGCAGAAACCAGAAAAAUUCCCAGAUCUAAAAUUGCUCACAAAGCCUGAUACUCAGGUUUUUAACAAAAAAUCAGCCAUGAGGUGCAGUUAAAAAGCACACAAAUGCAAAUAAGUUGAGAACAUUUCAUUAACUUUUCAAAUAUAGAUAACAUUUUUUUAACCAGCUGCAGUGGUCCCCAAAUGAACUUAAGCUGAUAGAGCCAAGCUACAGGACCAAAGAAUUGAUGGAUGUCUGCAUUCUCCAAAGAGACACUUUUGUGGGGGUGUUUUUGUUCCCAUGGUUUUUUUUAAGUUGAAUUAAUGUAGGUUUAUAUUUUUGUAAUGAAUUUUUUAAAAUUGUAUUUAUAUUUUUGACAUGAUCAUGCAGUGCUGAAUAAACAUGUCUCUUGAUUAACUUU